UAAAAAGAAACAAAUUAUACGUCCCUGGUUCUUUUUCACAAUUCUGUUUUACUCUUUGACAAUUGAGUUGGAAGGUCAACAUUUGCUAUUCAUACUUUGAAGUCUAAUUACAAGGCACCCUUUUUCCAGCUUUUGGGAACUGAUAUUCAAUGUUCAUGGGAGUGGCUAGUUAUUCAAUAAAGUUCUAAAAGUUGAUGCUGAGGUACAAAUCAAGAAGAGGGGUGACUAGCACACAAGUUCAUAUGGCAGACCAAAGUUCUUUUCCUUCUCCCAAUUCCACCCAAAAUCACAAAAAUAAACCAAUUUCAUCCUUAAUUUCUCCAAGAUUUUUCAAUAGUUUUCUAACCAGAAGCCUAUCUGACACUGAAACUACUAAAACAACAGUAAAUACGUCUCAAUUUCAAACAAGUCGAGAUCGACUAUAUGACUUUGAAACUAUUACUAGCCCAAAUUCCAUUCUUGAUAGCAUGCACAAUUUCAAUCUUGGGAACCCUUUUGGUUAUGAUAGAACAUCAUCAAAGCCCAUCACUAAAAAGCCUUCAAAUAACAAGAUGGAAUCAGAAAGUAUUGGACUUGCUCUCAUUGAUUCCAAGGAAAUUAGCAGUGUUUCUAAGGCUUUGUUUGGAGCAAAGCACAAAGUUGAAAUCCCAUGUUCUUCAACUGAGUCCCUAGAAGUUAAAAAAAUUUCUUCUGGGGAUGUUGGUGAAGGGCUAAGUUUAACAGAAAUGGAGAGUUCAGAGGAUUACACUUGUGUGAUAAGUCAUGGUCCAAAUCCAAAAACAACUCAUAUAUUUGAUAAUUGCAUUGUUGAACGCUGCUGUGGAGUUAGAAAAUUGUCUGAAUUGACAAAAGAGAAUGGAUUUUUGGGAGGUGAUUCAAAUUCUUGUUUGCCAGAGAAAAUUCUGAGUUGUUGCAACUCUUGCAAAGUUGAUCAAACAGAGUGCAAAGACAUAUACAUGGGUGAAAAGACUUAACUUGCAGCCAUGAAUGCCAAGAGAUGAUUUUGGAAGGCCAAGGCCAGGAAUCAACGAAUGAGAGAUGAUGAAUUGUACUAUGAUUUUAGGACUAUAGUGAUAUUUAUUUUCAUGCUUAUCUGCUUUGUUACUUUUGGAAGAAUUUUGGCAUCUUUAAAAGUGGAUAUGAAUGAAGUCUAUUUUCUAA